CGAAUACCGUUUACCUUUAGUCAACGCUGAAUAUUCAUUUACGUUAAGCCUUUCACUGGAAGCUCUGUUUUGUAAGAGCUUUUCUUGUUAUACUUUUUUUUUUGUUUUUUUAACAUAAACAACCCAAACUAUCAUGCGAUUCGCGGCGCCACCGCCACAUUCCGGCGAUAUCUCACCAGUUCCCUCACCGGCGCCUUCCCCGUCACUUUCACCGUAUCCCGGUGAAGCAGAUGAGAUUCUUUCCCGUUCUUCUGAUCCUCCUCUCCAGUUCAGUCCUCCUUUGAUCGCUAUGGUGGUUGUUCUAGCCGCCACUUUUCUCUUCGUGACCUACUCUCGCCUCAUCUCCCGCCGUUUUAUAUCUCCCGUUCUCCGUCGUUUUCGACGGUGGAGAUCCCGUCGCCGCCGUCUACUUCACCUAUCCUCUGCCUCGACUUCAUCCUCCCAUCUCCGAUCGCCUUUCGACUCGUUUCACCACUCCUCCUACGGAUUAGACGAUUCCGUUAUCAAAACGCUUCCUCUGUUUCUCUACUCCACCGCCUCUUGCACCGUUAAAUCCUCCUCCGCCGUUGAUUGCGCUGUUUGUUUGUUGGAGUUCGAGGAUGGAGAUUACGUGCGCACGCUUCCGUUAUGCUUCCAUGCUUUCCACGUCGAGUGCAUCGACGAGUGGUUACGUUCUCAUCCUAACUGUCCCCUCUGCCGCACGGCUAUUCUCCGAUCCGGCGUCGUUUCAUCUACCUCGCCUUUCGUCCCCUUAAUGGCUCCACGGAUUCGUCCGAGCUUCGACGACGAGAUCGCUGCUGCUGCUGCUGCGAUCGACGAGGAGAUCACAGCGUCAGUGGAGGAGCGAUCACCGGAUCGGGAGUUUAAGCGAUCUUACUCGUUCGGUUACGAGAGGGAAGAAUCGGCAGCGACGCCGUGGAGACACCGGAGAUCCACGUGGAGCAGCAAGCAGCAGCGUCAGUCUCCGUUCGGAAACCUAAUGUCGAAAUCGAGAGUGUUCUCGUUGCGUUACCACAGGAGCGCGAAAUCGCGGCGGCGAUCGGGGGUGUUCUUCCCGAUAUCGGAGAGGAUUCCGGCGACGGGAAGCUCGUCGUCGAGGCGGACGAAGUCGAUGACGAGUCCGAUGUUUUUCAGAACAGCACCGCACUCGUCGAGCCGGCUGAGGUGCGGUGAUCCAGAGGCGCUGUUGUCGCCGGAGAGAUGGAGGAGAGGGGACACGUGUAGGGUGGAUAUGUAACAUGAGAUUGGACGGUGGUGAUGGUAAGGGAGAGUGGGGAGGAGAGGAGGAGAAGAGCAUUAAUGGGAAUGUGGGGUUUGGCAUUAAAUGGAAUUUAAAUGGGACGAAACAGAGAAGAGAGAUUCAGAAAAUGCUCAAGCUUCUUUGCUUCGUAACAACAACAACAACAAGGUUCGUUUAUUCAUUUGUUUAUUUUGCAGUUUCUCUACCUGAUUUAUUAGUGGUGUAUAAAAAUUCUAUGUGCAGUGGCAUACGCCAAAGCUGAGAGGGUCCGAACUGAUCCUGGUCCAAAGACAACUGAACUCGAUCCAAAGAUCGAAGACUGGACUGUUUUGGUAGUAUAAAACUAUAAACUACUGUAUUUCUCUUGGAGUGUCAAAUGCAUUAACUUCCAAACCUGCCAAAGUUAUUAUAGAAACGACGAAGUCGACAAUCUCGUUUAACUUUCGUUUCUAUAAUAACUUUAGUAUUGUCGGUCGCCUAACUGCUUUUAUAUCACGGAGUUUAAUGUUUGCUAAGCUUUCUGUUCAAGUGUUCAUACUACUAAUUUUUCUGUUUAGCUGUCGAUUUAAUUUGACCAAAGGUAAUUUAUGAUUAGUUACAUGGUGGAGAAUAAUGUUACAUUUGAGAAGGCACGGAUCUAAAUUGCGCCUUUGGUUUCCUACAAAAUGUUAUUGAUAAUGAUAACAUUACUGAUAUUAUAUGGGAGCUAGCUAAAACGCUUAGCUUCUUACAAAGAAUUUUUCACGGAAAAUGAUUAUGAUUCUAGUUGGAAAAACUACAAUUCCAAAUUAAAUCUCUAAGCAUAAUUUCAUCUACAUAUAUAUGGUUUCUUUGGGGCAUUUUUACAGAGUAGUCUCUCUUUUAGUUGCCCUCUGUUUUCAUUGUAUACAACUGUUUGUUAUUUAAAUCUGUUUUCAGAUUUAAUCUGAAGCUCUGCUAGGAAACUUUGCCAUGCAUUUCAAGUGAAAAGGAAUACAGAUCGUGUGAAACUGUAAAGAGAAACAUCUUUUUUGCUAACAUUUAUCAAAUAUAAGGCGCAAUCACAAGUUUCUCUCUUAAGAAUGCUGACGAGUUAGAAGAUCGACAUCAACCCGAACUUCUAGCUUCUCUAAAGAUGGUCCUGAUUUGAGAAUGUUUCCGCAUAAAAAAAAUAUCUGUAUUUUCUUCACGAGACAUUCAAGCAUUGUAGCAUUGUAGUUACAGACACAAACACAUGAGUCUUCACUAGUCAUGUCUCAUGACUCAUGAUCUAAAAUUUGUUAUACAGUUUUUAAUCUAGACAUAUUUAAAUGUCGCUGUUUCAUGAAGAAAUAUGCGUGAUUUAAGGAUCGUUCUUCAAAGAAAGACCCUAUAACCAAUACCCAAUCAGACACUUCAGAUUUAGAGUUUUUGUUUGUUUCCAACGUGCUAACAAUAUCAAUUUAGUCAUGAUCCAAUUUCUUGUGCUGAUAAUUAUUAGGUUUAUUAGUGUCUUUUAUUAGCCGCUAAGUAUAUUCAAAUUACGUGACUUUGAAACAUUCUCGGCUGAUGAGACAGGACGUGGACAUGCAAGUUGACCUUUUUUAACCUUACAUGCAGGUAGAAUUGGGGAGAAAAGAUAUCACAUUGGUUUUUGGAGUUCUGUUUAUUCUUUAAUGCUUCAUUUUUAUGCGUACUUUUUGUAUCAUAAGUUUUUUUUCUUUGUAAAGGGGCAACUUUAUGUCAUAGUUAUAACUUAUAAGCAUCACUACCAUUCC